AUGACCUUGUGCGAAAUAGUAGUCAAACGCACUGUUGCCAACCAAGGUGCCAUAAAUAAGAGCGGAAUGCUAUCCAUUUGUCUUCUCAUACCAGGAAAGGCCAAAGCCACAACCCUCACCACGAUCAAAACGCGCAGCUUUGAGUACAGUUUACUUGCAGCACCAGGUGUCUACUUGUCACACCAGCGAAUGGUUCUUUGGGGAAUCCCUGCUAGUGGCCAUCGUCAAAUAUAUCAGGCCCAGAAGAGCGCCUCGGAAGAUCAAAUAUCAGAUACAAAGAGACAUAUUCGCAGAUUGCGGCGAGGCCGGUCCAUGUCUUUGUCAGAUUUAUCCCAAGAUUUGUUACAGUCCUCUGCAAAUUGGAGAAGGAUGUCAGAGACAUUCAGGGGUCCUGGUGUUGGGGAAAUCCUCAUGCGACGACAUAUCAGAUCCAGCGCCUGGUCGCCAAUGCCAACACAGCAGCUUCCUCUUCACUUCGGUGCCGCCACCGGAAAUCCGGGCUUGGCGGGUAUCAAGAACUCAGGCUUGUCCCACUUGUGGCUCACAUGGCUUAAGAAGUGCAAAAAGGUCGCCCAGCCCGGUAACCGGCGACAAGGCUGCUAUCGGAUGGAUCAAAGGACGGGCUCUGGAAGGGUCGGUUCGCCCGUGGGCAAAUCGGCGGGGAGCAUAACCGAACGUGCAAGUCAGAGCGCCGAGAAAGAAGUAAUUUCGAAGUUGUACAAGAAACGCCACCGCCAGCGCCCCCGGAAUAAGAUCAGCAUUCUUUGGUGGACGACACUGGGCAAGCGGAAUGCUGUACGUGUUGCUAUCAAGCAGCCGGUCCAGCGCGCCGUGUUCGACGUUGAAACAAGUGAUGGGGUCCCGGAAUGUCGGUCGCCAUGCGUGUGCCACAAUGAAUCCUUGGCAGUGCCUAAGCCUUCGGCCGACCCGCAUGAAAGCCGUGGGCUUGGUGGCGAUUGA